AUGUUCUACGCGUGUCUCGCCAUCAUGAUACUAUUUGUUAUCAUGUGUUCUUGUAUCACAAUGGCAAUUAUAGAUCUCGAAAUGUACAAUUUCGGGCUUUACAUCGUACUUUUAUGCAUUGUUGGAACUAUGCUCGCAUGUGCUCUUUGUAUAGCGAACCCAGGAGCAUGUGCAAAUCCCAUGUGGUAUACGAAUUUCUGUCUUUUAUUACAUGACUACAUGCAAGAAAUGUAUCCAGUGCAUCCGGACGGAACAUCGAGUCCAAAAAUGACAGGAUUAAGGGCACAAAUGCAGAGACACGCUGCACAGAGUAUGGCAACUUCAGAAGACGGAACACGAUUAACAGUUAGGCAAGAAUCACGGGCUACUGUAGCUAUGUUGGCGCCUGCAGUUCAUAUUAUGCACCAGGUGUGGAAAGGAAUGGCAUGGGUAACAGAUGGAAUUGAAGAGGAAGAUGAGGAUACAAGAAUGUCAAUGUAUGAUAAAAUGGAGCAGGGGACAUCGGAUGAAACAAGAUCUGUAAGUGAUCAUGCACUGAAGAGGUUGUCCACGAUUGCUGAAACAAGUUCUUAUAUUCUUCGCGAGCUGGAAGAACCAAGCAGCGAAAUUAAUUCCAGAAACGAUGUGACUCUUUGA